AAUCCUAAUGCCCAACCCAAUUGAAUUAUAGUGAUCACUAUAUACAUAAUUUUAUUAACUUAUGAUAGUGACAUUGUGGUGCUGUGUAAGUAUUGAUAUAAUUCGCUUCUGAUUUUGAAUAUUUAUUAUUAUUAUUAUAAUUAAAAACAAUAUAAAAGUUCGUAAAAUAAAAAUACAUUGCUAAUUAUUUUAAACAUUUUAAAUUUUUUUCGCUGAUCACUUUCAUUGACUAACAAUUAAACACAUCAGUUGUUUCAAGUCCUUUAAUUGGGACUUAUUUUUCGCCAUAAAUAUUACCAUUUCUAACAAAAAUAGGCCUAUCCGACACAGCAGUCAUGGACAUGAUGAUAUCGAAUCUGCAACAGCAGAGGCAGAUCACCGAACAAUUACGUCGCGAAGCAGCAGUUAAACGAUUACCCGUAUCGCAGGCCAUACAGGAUAUUAUCAAGUAUAUCAGAGAACGAGAGAUGGAAGAUUGUCUAAUGGUUGGUUUUUCAUCACAAAAAGCGAAUCCUUUUAGAGAAAAAAGUAGUUGUCUAAUUCUAUAAGCAUUUUUUAAUUUUUAGUAUGACGUUUAUACACGAACAAAAUAAAAUAUCAUGAUUUAAUAUUAAUGUAAUUGUGUCAAAUAAUCUUAUACAAAGUAUCUAUUUACCUAAUUAAAUCUAUGUUAAUCGAAUACUUAGUAAUUAAUAAUUAUACCUCAUGUAUGUAUUAUUACCUGAAUUUAAACUAAUACAAUCCUUAUACAGAUAUU